CUCCUCGGAUGAAGUCUGACUCAAACUCGUCAUGAGAUUUCACAAUCCACAAGUGACAUCCUACUGGUUCUAUUACCAUAACUUAUAAUUAAUUAUUUCAUUUUUUUGUCAUAAAGAAAAUAUAUUAUUAUUUUAUUAUUAAAUUUAUGUUUCUUAUUUCAUUUCUAUAAUUUUAUCUUAUUAUUUAAUAAUAUAUAUCAUGAUGGUUAGGUAAUUGCUGAUUAAAAUUAAUAAAAAUUAAUAUUACAUUAAUAAAAAUUUGUUUUAAAUUACUAAUGUAUUUUAUAACUAUUGUUAUAUUUUGUCAUUAUUUAGAAUUAUUUUUUUCACUUACUUUUAUCUACCAAGCAAGAUUGUAAUAAAAUAGAGUUUUGACAAUGAAAAUACCAAUUAUUUAAUCAUUUUAUCUAAUUAAAUAUCAUUAAAUAUAAAGCAUGAUAACAAAAUUUAUGUCCAUUCCUACUUUAUAUUAUUUUAAACAUUUGUGAAAUAAUUUGUUAAGGAAUUAAAAAGGAGCAAAAGAAAAUAAAACGUUAAUUAGGGAAUAAGUUGAAUAAAAACUAAUAGUUCGUGUUUUAUUAAUAUGUAAUUGAAGUUUAAAUAACGGAUGUGAAACUAAAUCGAGAUAUAUCGACAUAUUUAACAUGCCAACUUCGAGAGAAUUGAUCAGUCUUUCUUCCGUAAUCAUAAUCAGAAGAAAGAAGUAAUAAUGGCGGACACUGCUCCAGCCGCGCGUGGAGGUUUUCGUGGAGGAUUUGGUUCUCGUGGAGGAGGUGAUCGUGGAGGUCCAAGAGGUAGAGGUCGUGGAGGUAGAGGACGAGGUCGUGGUCGUGGACGUGGUAAAGAAGACAGUAAAGAAUGGAUUCCAGUGACUAAACUUGGACGUCUUGUUAGAGAUGGAAAAAUUGAAUCUUUGGAACAUAUUUACCUUUUUUCUUUACCAAUCAAAGAAUAUGAAAUUAUUGAUAAAUUUCUUGGUGUUGAAUUGAAAGAUGAAGUAUUAAAAAUUAUGCCUGUACAAAAACAGACUAGAGCUGGUCAACGUACACGUUUCAAGGCUUUUGUAGCUAUUGGUGACUACAAAGGUCAUAUUGGUUUAGGCGUAAAAUGUUCUAAGGAAGUAGCUACUGCUAUCCGUGGUGCUAUCAUUUUGGCUAAACUUUCAGUUGUGCCAGUACGCCGUGGUUAUUGGGGAAAUAAAAUUGGUGAUCCUCAUACAGUGCCCUGUAAAGUUACUGGCAAAUGUGGAUCAGUUCAGGUCCGUCUAAUUCCAGCACCAAGAGGUACAGGUAUUGUUUCAGCUCCUGUGCCUAAAAAACUAUUACAAAUGGCUGGUAUCGAGGAUUGCUAUACUUCAGCUAGAGGAUCCACAUGUACUCUUGGCAAUUUUGCUAAGGCUACUUAUGCAGCUAUUGCUAAGACUUAUGCAUAUUUAACACCAGAUCUCUGGCAUGAUCAAGCAUUAAGAAAAGCGCCAUAUCAAGAAUUCGCGGAUUAUUUAUCUAAGAAUCACAGAGUUGUGGGUGGACAGAGACCUGCUGAGGUUGUUUAAACAAUAAACCUCCAUGCAAAGUA